AUGUCGCCGCACGCCUGGCAGUGGCCGGAUGAGGACCGCGCGAGCAUCGGGCCCGUGUCCUCCGUCAACAGCUUUGACCCGUCCCCGAGUGGGUGCGACGUGGAGCAGUCCCUCAAGGCCAGGGCCAGGGCCCAGGAGUCCGCCUCUGACUUCCGGGGCAGCAGCGUGGGGUCCUGGGAAGAGGCUGCCGGCACCUUCCGCUCCGACAUGCCCCAGGCUGUGGCCUGCAAGUUCGUCGUCUCGCUGGCCUUCCCCCUGCGCACGGCUGGGGAGGGCCAGGCCCAGGAGCCGGAGCCCGGCGACACCGCCGAUGGGGACCCGGCUGCCGGUUGGAGUCACCGCGUGUCGUGUCGUCUCACGCAGACCGUGAAGCCGUGGCGUGAAGACGACAAGCUCUGGGUGUCGUGGGCGCAGACUUUCAACAUCAACGUGACCAAGGAAUUAUUAAAGAAAAUAAAUUUCCACAAAAUCACCUUGAGGCUCUGGGACGCUAAGGACAAGGUCUCGAGAAAAGCCAGG